AUGUAUGUCGCAAUUCUAUCGACACUAGCAAAUUCACGGAAAAAGGCUCAUAGAUGUUUAUCAAAGAAUGAUAAGAUUAUUCGGGCUAAAAUGAUUAUUAUCGUAGCAACGGAUUUAAUUUGCUGGCUACCAUUAUAUUCAGUAUUAAUUCGAGGUUUUGGUUCUGGAUUAGACACGCAUUCAUUGCCCUUUAUUGCGGUUUUAUCAUUGCCACUAAAUUCUUGUAUUAAUCCAAUUCUUUAUACGAUCUGUACAAGUACUUUUAUCAAUUACAUCAAUUUGGCUAUUGGAAAGUUAAAUUGCUGUUCAUGUUUAGCAUUCUCUCGAUCAAUUCGUGAGUCAACUCAAGAUAUUUAUACCGGCUCAAUUCAUCCAUCACAUGUCAUCGCGCUCUCCAGUAAUCCUGAUCUAUCUAAGGUAUAUUUAAAAGACCUAUUCUUUUGCAGCAUGACAUGUUACACAGCAGACGCAAAUGAUAUUAUGCUAUUGAGUAAUUUCAUCCGUUUGCAAUCCAAUCACCUAACAUCAGAGCAGCUUUUGCAAAUUCUUAUUAAUAUUAUUCAAGCAAUUCAAUCUAUGCACCUGAAUAAUAUCGUCCAUGGAUCAGUUAAUACCGAUGCUGUUGUUCUUCUUAUUCCGCCAAAGGAACCGAUUACCGCCCUAUUAGGCAAAUUUUCAAAUACGACGAUAUUUAAAAAUGAUCUCCAUGAAAUAUGCAGAGAUCGAUACCGUCAAUUACUGAGAGUAGAUAUUUCAGACAUUGCAUCGCUAUGUAAUGAAUUAAGUUCAUACUGCCAAACGCAAAUCGAUCAAAUAAACAAGAGCCAACUACAACCAGAUAAAAUAAUGCAAGCUGAAUCUUGGAGAUCGAUGAACAAGAAAUUACGUACUGUCAAAGAUGCCAUCAAUGAUCGAUUACAAGAAGAUAGAGAACCAAAGCAAAUUCUAGCUGAUCUGUGGGCCAUUGUCAGCAAUAAUUAA